AUGGAACUUAGGACACAACAUUUAUUUAAUAUUAAAUUUAAUACUAGACGCUUUAGGAAUAGUUUUAUAACUUAUAAUUCAUUGAAGAUGUAACUUUAAUACUAAAUUUUUUUUUACCUAUUUCUAAAUCAUACCUUAAUCUUAAACGUAUUUCAGCUAUAUGGCUGCUAGUUUUAAGAAAUAAAUCCUCUAUCUAUCUAUCUACCUAUCUAUCUAUCUACCUAUCUAUCUAUCUAUCUAUCUAUCUAUCUAUCUAUCUAUCUAUCUAUCUAUCUAUCUAUCUAUCUAUCUAUCUAUCUAUCUAUCUAUCUAUCUAUCUAUCUAUCUAUCUAUCUAUCUAUCUAUCUUCCAGAGUUCGUAAUAAACCUAGUCCUUGGCUUAAUUCAGAACUCAAAUAUUUAAUGAUAAAUAGAGAUAAACUGAAGAAAAAGGCUAUUUCAUCCAAUAAUUCUGAAUCUUUGUCUGCUUAUAAGCAGCAAAGAAAUUUUGUAAAUAAUAAGAUCAAAAAAGCGAAAAAGGCAUAUUUUCAAGACGAACUCAACAGAAAUGUAAAUAAUGUUAAAGAAACAUGGAAAAUUUUAAAUAAUGGUUGGGAAAGAAAUCGGAUAACAUCGAAAUAAACACGCUGUCAUCUGACUCAGGAGAAAUCUUAACCGAGUCAUUUGACAUUGCAAAUUCGCUUAAUAAACAUUUCGUUGGAAUUGGUCCGAAAUUGGCCUCCAAUGUUCCCCUUUUAGGCAAGGUUGCAACAGCUAAGGAUUACAUGACGCAGGUUGAAUCAUCAUUUGAAUUUCAAAAGAUAGAUUCUAAAGACGUCUUUAAAUUAACAAACAAAUUAAAUUUGCGUAAAGCUUCGGGCUGUGAUAAAAUAUCAAAUAGAUUAUUAAAAAUAUCUGGUCCUUAUAUUUAUGAAGCUUUAACAAAUUUGUUCAAUCUUUCUCUUACAACAAAUAAAUUUCCGACAAGGUGGAAUAUUGCAAAAGUCUUCCCAUUACAUAAAACAGAGGAAAGGGAUAAUGCAAAUAAUUAUAGGCCUAUUUCGGUGUUAUCUUCAAUUGCACGUCUUUUUGAGCGCCUUGUGUAUAACCAAAUGUAUGCUUAUUUAUCUAAACAUAGACUAAUCAAUACCCGUCAAUCUGGAUUCCGUUCACUUCACUCUACCAUGACAGCCUUACUGGAUAUGACAAAUCAAUGGUGUUUUAAUAUUGAUAAAGGGAUGUUAAACGGUGUGAUUUUUCUUGAUCUAAAGAAGGCUUUUGACACCAUUGAUCAUGAAAUUUUGCAAAUGAAACUUGCAUGUUAUGGUUUGAAAGAGUGUAGUUUGGUAUGGGUUGAAUCCUACUUGACAAAUAGGGUACAAGUUUGUCAUGUAAAUGGCAUAUAUUCAAAUGAAGAAACCAUUUCCUGCGGGGUUCCACAAGGUUCCAUUUUGGGUCCGGUCUUAUUUUUGCUUUAUAUAAAUGACCUACCCAGUUGUUUGGAACAUGGAUCGAAUUGCCAGGCUAUUUGCUGACGAUACAAAUAUCACUUCCACAGGUUGCAAUUUGGAAUCGGUCGAAAAUAAAAUGCAGAUUGAGCUUAAUAAAAUAUUCAAGUGGCUUUGUGCAAACAAGUUGACACUGAAUAUUUUAAAAACCGAUUUCAUGGUUAUUGCUUCUCGACAAAAGCUAGCGGCCUUGGGAGACUCAAUAACAUUGUCAGUAAACGGUGUUUCAUUAAGCCAAGUUCGUUCGGUGAAAUCCUUAGGAGUAAACAUAGACGAAAUCUUAACUUGGGAAAACCAUGUGGAGAGUAUUCGCUUAAAAGUAUCCCGUAAUAUUGCUACUUUGAGGCGAUUAAAGCCCAUUUUAACACAAAAAAACCUAGUAUCACUCUAUCGGGCGAUAAUUGAACCAUAUUUCAUUUAUUGCUCCGUAGUUUGGGACAGCCUUGGUCAAACAUUAGACAAGUCUCUACAAAUUUUACAAAAUAGGGCUGCCCGUGUGAUAACUGGGGCACAUUUCUCAACAUCAUCCUCAAAACUCUUAAAAGAACUUGGCUGGAUGAAUAUUCAGGAAAUGAGGUAUAAACAAAAGGCUAUGAUGAUGUAUAGAAUAGUAAAUGGUAAUGCACCAUCUUAUUUAAUAGACAUAUUUAAACAUUGUCAUGCUUUGGAUAUAUAUAAUCUCAGAAGGUCUAAAAUAACCUUCGAACUUCCAAAAAAUCGAACACUGUAUUACAAUUCAAGUUUUGCCUUCACUGGUGCUAAAUUAUGGAAUUCUCUUCCGGAUGAGAUAAAAGACGCACCAUCACUUAAAAUAUUUGUAAAAAUGUUAGACUCGACUAUAUUCUGUGCCAACUAGAAUAUGUUUUCUGUAUAUAGUUUUAUAUUGAAAUAUUAAGAUACACGGCUUUUAGGAAGAACAAAUGUAAAUAUGUCAUAUCUACAAUUGAUAAAACCACCGUGGUUAAAUAAAAAUUUCAAUCAAUCAAUCAAUCAAUCAAUCUAUCUAUCUAUCUAUCUAUCUAUCUAUCUAUCUAUCUAUCUAUCUAUCUAUCUAUCUAUCUAUCUAUCUAUCUAUCUAUCUAUCUAUCUAUCUAUCUAUCUAUCUAUCUAUCUAUCUAUCUAUCUAUCUAUCAAUCAAUCAAUCAAUCUAUCUAUCUAUCUAUCUAUCUAUCUAUCUAUCUAUCUAUCUAUCUAUCUAUCUAUCUAUCUACCUACCUACCCCCCUACCCACCUACCCACCUACCCACCUACCCACCCACCCACCCACCUACCCACCCAAAAAGUCGACACCACAGGACAGAACUUUCUACAAGUCAGAUCACCCCUCAACUCGGCCUGAGUUAGUCAAAUCGCCACCCGAAUCAGUGGUCGAUAGCAAGCAAGGGAUUGCGUCCCUUUCUGAGAAAUGCAAUGACACGGAGCCAUCUUCACCCGAGUUUAAACCAAGCGUUGACAAAACUAAACCUGAUUUAACAACUACAUUACUCGAAAUGAAUCAGCAAUUGGUUAGUGCUAUGAAGCAGGGAACCGAAACAACCACUGUUAUGAAAGCCAUGUUACAGCGGCAAGGGAUUCCGAAACCCCAGCCAAUGAAAUUUAGAGGUGACCCUGCUCAGUUUCAUGUUGUUAAGAAGCGGGUGGAGGUUUGGUUAAACGAAAGCUAG